AUGGCAGCAGCUCCUAUGUGAGUUUUCCCGGGUACAGUAACCUAGAAACUCGUGUCGAGACCCGAAAAUUUGAAAAUUUCGAGAAAAUUGGGUCUUGGGGGGAUUUUCUGGGUUACUGUAGCUGGAUUUUGAUGUGGAAUCGUGGCAGGACCCAAAUUUUAUGAAUUUUUCGAUUUUGUAGCUACAGUAACCCCAGAAAAUCGUGGCAGGACCCAAAUUCCAUGCAUUUUUGGGUUUUGCCACGAUUUUUAGCUACAGUAACCCCAGAAAAACGCUCCAGGACCCAAACUUUCUGAAUUUUUCAAAUUUUUGGGUUUUGCCACGAUUUCUAGCUACAGUAACCCCGAAAAAUCGCUCCAGGACCAAAAUUUUAUGAAUUUUUCAAAUUUUUGAGUUUUGCCACGAUUUUUAGCUACAGUAAUCUAGAAAAUCGUGGCAGGACCCAAAUUCUAUGUAUUUUUCGAAUUUUUGGGUUUUGCCACGAUUUCUAGCUACAGUAACCCAGAAAAUCGUGGCAGGACCCGAAUUUUCUGAAUUUUUCGAUUUUCUAGCUACAGUAACCCCGGAAAAUCGUGGCAGGACUCAAAUUUUAUGAAUUUUUCGAAUUUUUGGGUUUUGCCACGAUUUCUAGCUACAGUACCCCAGAAAAUCGCUUCAGGACCCAAAUUUUCUGAAUUUUUCGAAUUUUUGGGUUUUGCCACGAUUUUUAGCUACAGUAACCCCAGAAAAUCGUGGCAGGACCCAAAUUUUAUGAAUUUUUGGGUCUUGCCACGAUAUCUAGCUACAGUAACCCCAAAAAAUCGUGGCAGGACCCAAAUUUUAUGAAAAUUUCGAAUUUUUCGGUUUUGCCACGAUUUCUAGCUACAGUAACCCCCGAAAAUCGUGGCAGGACCCGAAUUUCAUGAAUUUUUUGAAAUUUUCGGUUUUCCCACGAUUUUUAGCUACAGUAAUCUAGAAAAUCGUGGCAGGACCCAAAUUCUAUGUAUUUUUCGAAUUUUUGGGUUUUGCCACGAUUUCUAGCUACAGUAACCCAGAAAAUCGUGGCAGGACCCGAAUUUUCUGAAUUUUUCGAUUUUCUAGCUACAGUAACCCCGGAAAAUCGUGGCAGGACUCAAAUUUUAUGAAUUUUUCGAAUUUUUGGGUUUUGCCACGAUUUCUAGCUACAGUACCCCAGAAAAUCGCUUCAGGACCCAAAUUUUCUGAAUUUUUCGAAUUUUUGGGUUUUGCCACGAUUUUUAGCUACAGUAACCCCAGAAAAUCGUGGCAGGACCCAAAUUUUAUGAAUUUUUGGGUCUUGCCACGAUAUCUAGCUACAGUAACCCCAAAAAAUCGUGGCAGGACCCAAAUUUUAUGAAAAUUUCGAAUUUUUCGGUUUUGCCACGAUUUCUAGCUACAGUAACCCCUGAAAAUCAUGGCAGGACCCAAAUUUCAUGAAUUUUUGGGUUUUGCCACGAUUUCUAGCUACAGUAACCCCAGAAAAUCGUGGCAGGACCCAAAUUUCAUGAAUUUUGGGUCUUGCCACGAUUUCUAGCUACAGUAACCUCAGAAAUUCGUGGCAGGACCCAAAUUUUUCGAAUUUCUGGGGUUUGCCACGAUUUCUAGCUACAGUAACCCCCGAAAAUCGUGGCAGGACCCGAAUUUCAUGAAUUUUUUGAAAUUUUCGGUUUUCCCACGAUUUUUAGCUACAGUAAUCUAGAAAAUCGCCCCAGGACCCAAAUUUUAUGAAUUUUCCGGUUUUGCCACGAUUUCUAGCUACAGUAACCCAGAAAAUCGUGGCAGGACCCAAAUUUCAUGAAUUUUUCGAUUUUCUAGCUACAGUACCCCAGAAAAUCGCCCCAGGACCCAAAUUUUCUGAUUUUUUGGGUUUUGCCACGAUUUCUAGCUACAGUAACCCCUGAAAAUCGUGGCAGGACCCAAAUUUCAUGAAUUUUCCGGUUUUGCCACGAUUUCUGGCUACAGUAACCCAGAAAAUCGUGUCAGGACCCAAAUUUCGUGAAUUUUUCGAAUUUUUGAGUCUUGCCACGAUUUUGAGCUACAGUAACCCCAUUUUCAGUCCAAGUAAACGUCAAGCCCGCCGUGCCGCCUUCAAAUCCGGCGUCUUUCCCGAAGAUCUCAUCUCACCUGAGAUGAUCAAAACCUUUUCGUUUUCCAUCGAAUGCGCCGCGGGUCAACCGCGACUUCGCGACUUUAAAUUAUCCAAGGGAAUGUUGUUGAUGCGAGUUCCACAAUUUAUGGCUCCACCAAUUGAGUAUGGCGAUUAUUUGGUGAAGAUCAACGACACUCCGAUUACGACGAAAAAAGAGAUGGAGGCCGUGUUGACGCAGACAAUCAAGACCGAUAAGACGCAUUUUGUUAGUGCCAAAGAAAAAACAAAAAAUAAAAAAAAGUUUGCUCGCACCGUUCCUCGAACCCAUGACCUUGCGAUCCACAAGCAAAAGCGCAACCAACUGAGCUACUAGGCGCUUUUCUUCCCUCGCUUGUUUUUUGUUGAUUAUUUCGAUGCGCGGGUCAUUUUCAGGUUUCUACAGUAACCUACAGUAACCUUUUUUGCAGCCAGUUUUCACUGUCAAAAGAAUUAUGAGUAUGGUGAAAAUCACUGAAGGACUUCCAACAAAUGCGGCCAUCAAAAAACCGAAAAGCAAUGAUCCACAGAUCAAACCGACUGAUGGAUAUGUUUAUUAUAAGUGAGUGCGGCUGGGAAUCGUGUCGAGACCCGAAAAUUUCGAAAAUUUCGAGAAAAACUGGGUCUUGGAGUGAUUUUCUGGGUUACUGUAGGUGGAUUUCGAUGUUUUGCCACGAUUUCUAGCUACAGUAACCCAAAAAAAUCGUGGCAGGACCCAAAUUUUCUGAAUUUUUCGAAUUUUUGGGUUUUGCCAUGAUUUCUAGCUACAGUAACCCCAGAAAAUCGUGGCAGGACCCAAAUUUCAUGAAUUUUUCGAAUUUCUUGGUCUUGCCACGAUUUCUAGCUACAGUAACCUGGAAAAUCGGCACAGGACCCGAAUUUUUCGAAUUUUUGGGUCUUGCCACGAUUUGUAGCUACAGUAAUCCAGAAAAUCGUGCCAGGACCCAAACUUCAUGAAAUUUUUGAAUUUUUGGGUCUUGCCACGAUUUCUAGCUACAGUAACCCAGAAAAACGUGGCAGGACCCAAAUUUCAUGAAUUUUUCGGUCUUGCAACGAUUUCUAGCUACAGUAACCCAAAAAAUCGUGGCAGGACCCAAAUUUCAUGAAUUUUUGGGUUUUGCCACGAUUUCUAGCUACAGUAACCUAGAAAAUCGUGUCAGGACCAAAAUUUUCUGAAUUUUUCGAAUUUUUCGGUCUUGCGACGAUUUCUAGCUACAGUAACCCAAAAAAUUCGAAUUUCUUGGUCCUGGAACGAUAAUAGCUCAAAAUUCAGCUACAGUAACCCAAAAAAUCACUCCAGGACCCAAAUUUCAUGAAUUUUUGGGUCUUGCCACGAUUUCUAGCUACAGUAACCCAAAAAAAUCGUGGCAGGACCCAAAUUUCAUGAAUUUUUGGGUCUUGCCACGAUUUCUAGCUACAGUAACCCCAGAAAAUCGUGGCAGAACCCGAAUUUUCUGAAUUUUCAGAUCUUGCCACGAUUUCCAGCUACAGUAACCCCAGAAAAUCGUGGCAGGACCCACACACUAUUUUCUGAAAAGUGAAAAUGCGCUCUAAAGAUAAACUAACGAUUUUUGAGUGGGAAAUUUGAAUUUUUCGUGAUUUUUACGUUGAAAAGUGAAAAUGCGCUCUAUUGAGAAUUUUGAAUUUGUAAAAGAAAAUUUAAAUUUUCAAAAAUUGUUCCAAGUGCGCUCUAUUGACAAUUUUUGGCGGGAAAUUUGAAUUUUCAACAGGUUUUCAUCCUAAAAAGCUUCAAGUGCGCUCUAUUGAGAAUUUUGAAUUUGUUUUGGGUUUUGCCACGAUUUCUAGCUACAGUAACCCCAAAAAAUCGCCCCAGGACCCAAAUUUUGCGAAUUUUUGGGUCUUGCCACGAUUUGAAGCUACAGUAACCCGGAAAAUCAUGCCAAGACCCGAAUUUCAUGAAUUUUUCGAAUUUUUCGGUCUUUCCACGAUUUUUAGCUACAGUAACCCCAGAAAAUCGUGCCAAGACCCAAAUUUUCUGAAUUUUUGGGUUUUGCCACGAUUUCUAGCUACAGUAACCCCAAAAAAUCGUGGCAGGACCCAAAUUUCAUGAAUUUUUCGGUCUUGCCACGAUUUCUAGCUACAGUAAUCUAGAAAAUCGUGCAGGACCCAAAUUUCAUGAAUUUUUCGCAUUUUUGGGUUUUGCCACGAUUUCUAGCUACAGUAAUCUAGAAAAAUCGUGGCAGGACCCAAAUUUCAUGAAUUUUUGGGUUUUGCCACGAUUUCUAGCUACAGUAACCCCAAAAAAUCGUGGCAGGACCCAAAUUUCAUGAAUUUUUCGGUCUUGCCACGAUUUCUAGCUACAGUAAUCUAGAAAAUCGUGCAGGACCCAAAUUUCAUGAAUUUUUCGAAUUUUUCGGUCUUUCCACGAUUUCCAGCUACAGUAACCUGGAAAAUCGUGUCAGGACCCAAAUUUCAUGAAUUUUUUGGUCCUGGAACGAUAACAGCUCAAAAUUCAGCUACAGUAACCCAGAAAACCGUGCCAAGACCCAAAUUUUCUGAAUUUUUCGAAUUUCCAACUUUCCAGACUCGUUCUGAUCUAUUUUCCACGUGCCAAUCUCGGCAUCAACAUCAAAUCCUACAACAAUGUCGUCUACGUCGAAUCCACCGACAACACUUGGGGUUCAACAACUCGUCGAUUUUUGUACGUCGGCGAUGCGAUUCUCAAAAUCGACGAUACCGAAGUGUUCGAUUUGAAAGAGACUGGAAAUAUGCUGAAAACGGCGCUGACACAAAAUGGAAUUGCGACAAUAAUUGUGGAGAGAGCUGUAGAGCCAUUGGCUGCGAAUUAUGUCAGAUCGGUUUUGAGUUUCAAUAAGUGUAAUGAUCCGCAACUUGCCAUGGAUACUAUUAAGAUUUGCAAGACACGUCAUGAUCACCAUGUAAAGAAUGGGUUUGGACCCGAGCCAAAGAGCAUUUUUAAAGUGCAGAGGAAAGGAGCUGCGAAUAAGGUUACGGUAGGUGGAAUUUCACGAGAUUUUCAGCCUAGAAACUCAUUUUCAAGAUGAAUUUUGCGCUGAAAACGAUGGGUUAUCUGAAAUUCCAUGAAAAUCACAAAUUUCACGAGUCUCAGCACAAAAUUUCAGCCUAGAAACUCAUUUUUAAACCGAGGGACUAGAGUUUGAAUUUUGCAAAUCGUGAAACUAUCUAUACUCUAGUUUCUCUUCAUUGUCAAACUAGACUCUAGUUUCUCAUCGUCAAACUAAAUUAUAGUCUUCAAACUAGACUCUAGUUUUUCUUCAUUGGCAAACUAGACUCUAGUUUUUCUAAAUAUGGACUAGAAUUCGAAUUUUGCAAAACCUAGUCCCCGAAUUCAAAUUUUUCUAGAUCAGAAUUUUGGGCUGAAAACGAUAGAUUAUCUGAAAUUCCAUGAAAAUCACGAAUUUCUUGAUUUUCAGCACAAAUUUUCAGUCUAGAAACUCAUUUUUUCAACCGAGGGACUAGAAAUUGAAUUUUGCAAAACCUAGUCCGCCGUUUUUUCACGAAUUUUGUUUUCUAGAUCAGAAUUUUGUGCUGAAAACGAUAGAUUUACUGAAAUUCCAUGAAAAUCAUGAAUUUCACGAUUUUCAGCACAAAAUUUCAGCCUAGAAACUCAUUUUUUAACCGAGGGACUAGAAUUUGAAAUUUGCGAAACCUAGUCCCCCCGUUUUUUCACGAAUUUUGUUGUCUAGAUCAGAAUUUUGUGCUGAAAGCGAUAGAUUAUCUGAAAAUCAAUGAAAAUCAUGAUUUUCAGCACAAAAUUUCAGCCUAGAAACUCAUUUUCAAACCGAGGGACUAGAAUUUGAAAUUUGCAAAACCUAGUCCCCGAAUUUAAAUUUUUCUAGAUCAGAAUUUUAUGCUGAAAACGAUAGAUUCAUAAAUUUUCAGCCAAAAAUUCCGAUUCUUGUUACAGGUCACGGAUAAUGUGAAAACAAAAUUGAUUGGCUGCGAGCAAUACAAUCCGCUGACAAUGGUGAAGUGCCCGAAUUACACGGAUGCCACAAAUGUGGCCAAAGCUAUGGGAUCUGAGGGUAGUGACAAAUAAAGAUUUUCUCAAUUAAAAAAAAAAAAGAAAGAAAAAAAAGAAAAAAAAGUGUGCGCGCACCGUUCCUCGAACCCGCCACCUUGAGAUUCGAGAGCAAAAGCGCAACCAACUGAGCUAUUAGGCGAUUUGUUUUCGUCGCUUGUUUUUUGUUGAUUAUUUUGAUGCGCGCGCGUGGGUUGCGGUCGCAUGUAUUUUCAAAAAAGCCCCCUCAAAUCACCCACCUUUACAGAUCGAAACAUCACACCAAAAUCGAGACACCAAUCCGAAUCCUCUUCAUGA